AUGCGGUCGGGGUUACAAAAACCUGGCGCUAUCCCGUUCCUUGCCCUCAUUGUCUUCUCCCUGCUUAGUUUGGUGCCUUCUCUUGCGAAGGAAUGGGAGAUUUACACCUUCCAUCUCGGGUAUAUCGGUUCCUCACGACAUGACGACCGACAACCGUUUCCCCGCGUCAAGAAUAGCUCGACUGAUAUCCGAUCGCGGUUACGUCUGAACGGUGGCCACUCUAAGUUCUCGCUGUUUGAUGGCUUUUACCCGUCGUCAUAUCUCGAUCGCACACCUUCCAAACCGCAGUCCGUGAUAAAAGCGCCGCCACGCAGCACAUUUGAAGUGGCUCCUGUCUUAGACGACGAACUUAUUCCCUAUUCGGUCUCAGAGUCUUCGAGUCUCACACGAGGAGUUAGCGCUUUUAAAGCAUUCGUCAUCAAGCAAUGGGACGACCAACAAAUAUUACAAUCUUUUUCGACUGAAACGGAACCAUUCCCGGACCCGAUCGCAAUCUCUCCUACACUUACCCUUACCAACUCUUCCGUUACAUUGACACCUAUCGAUGAAGAGGUCCCCGCAGUGUCGCCUAGUAACCUGGAUUCAAUUCCUCCAAAGCAACAAGCACCGAUGGAUCCAUUCUCACGCCGAUUGCGCUUGCAGUUUCGUGAUUCCUGGCAGCAGGUCUGCCGCGUUGGAGGCUGUUUCGGGGGCGCUUUUGCCUCUUAUUUUGAACUUCUUCGCCAUAAUAGAUUUCUAAUCUCGGGCCCUUCGGAUUCUACUCUGGGCACUGGCGAGCAGCUUGACCCGGAGGAUUCAGUGGUCGAGGAACUACCACAGUUGGAUAAAGACUUGGCGAACGGGCAACUGUCGAAUAACAGCAGCGCUGCCCAGUCGAAUUUGCCCCCAGAAACAAGAAAUUUGCUUCCCACGCCAACACAGCCAACACAGCCAACAGCCCUUCUCCCGACUACUGCUGGACAGUCCAAAGUUGGUGGGUUUGGGUCAAAUUCGGAGCAUAUGCGUGGGAGCUCUAUGGCUAUUGUGAUAGGUCUAGUGGCCGGAAUCAUGUGGUUUUAA